CUGGAAUUUAACAGUAGAGAACACCACCGUUUCAAGUAUACUCAUUCGGUGGACAAACCUUACCAGCAUUCUCAACCGACAAGUUGGCCAUUAUGUUGUCUUCUUAAACAGAAGAAAUAAUAGUGUAUCAUCGCAUCAGGUCGUGGAUGGGGAUCGAUUAACCACAGAAAUCAACGGACUCACUCAUUCAACAAAUUAUACAGUGGAAGUCGUUGGGAUUGACACAAUGGGGAAGCCAUACAAAACUCCAUCAGAAGCCACGAUCACAGCAAACCGUAAGAGAGGAAACGCCACUGUUAUUCUAUUAGUGCUAAGCUUUUAACCUUUUAAGUGCCAAGAGUGACCAGCAAUAUCCCAUCAAUAUUUUAAGAUAAUAACGGUUGUGACAAUUGGUCAAUAGAGAGCUUUAGAUACUAAGACGAGAUCUACUACGAGUACGAUAUUUUCUGUGGAUAUUAGCAAAUUUGUCUGCAUUAAGUCCAGUCUUAGGUGCAUGCAUAAUUUAUACCCCUUUUUGUAGAAAGUCCAAGAUCAUUUUCUCGAAAUUCCUCUGAUAGAUUUUUUUGAAACUUCGCACAGCAAAAGAUAAUCACCCAAAGAAUACGUAGCGUAAAGAACUUGAAAAGAAAUUGCCAAACAGGGCUGAAAUUCGAUUUAGAGCUAAAAGCAUUGCGACGCUAUUGUCGCGUGACAUUUUUUUGAUUGCGUCCCAAAAAUAAUACCGUAAUAAAGUUUAGUGUAAGUGUAAUUUAUUUGUUAUAAUGGGUUUACAAUAAAGAUCGAUUUGUUUAAGCAUAAGAGAUUCAAAGUUGGAGGGUGUGCCUAUUAAAAUACUGGGUCAAGCCACCUUAAGCGACAAGCAAAGAAGCUUAAUUCUUUCUGUAUGAAUAUUUGAAUUACCGUUGCCGUUUUCUCAAAGAAAUGUGAACACAUUUGAUGCAAAUAGUCUGCUACUUUCUAAACGACAAUGGAUUACGGGGUUAGAGCUGUCUACAUGUAAUUUAGACUUGAACUGUCGAAAACGUAUUGAGAAAACAUAGAAAUUUAUAAAUCUUCUUUUUAGAACAUUCAUGUAUUUUCGUCUUCAAAUAAUGCUGAGUGCUUCUCAUUAUCGAUUUUUCAGGAAAAUAUGUUUAUAGAAUAUUAAAUUAUAUUAUCAUUACAGUCACAUGUGGCAUAAGACCAAGUGUUCGUACCUCUCGGAUUGUUAACGGCUCCGAGGCACCUAUAAAUAGUUGGCCUUGGCAGGCCAUGCUACUAUCAAGCAGUGGGAGACAGUUCUGUGGAGGAUCUUUAAUCCAUCCCCAGUGGGUUUUAACAGCAACUCACUGUGUAAGAAGGAAGUCCUUGUCAGAUGUUAAAGUAAGGUAAGAAUAAAAAGUCCAUCAAUGGUGAUUUAGGAGACGUGGGAGAUUUCAUUUUCCUUUGUUUUGCAUUAUGGCAAUGUAUGAGGCAGCUCGUAAUUUAUUUUCAAGCACGUGCUGAAGUGUUUUAACGUCAUGCAAUGUUAAAAGUUGCGAGGUACAACAAAACGGAUGAAUGCAAAUGAGACUAUGGAUUUGUUAUUUUCACUACCCUUAACAUGUCUAACAGUAUUUUAAAUGUAUUUGAAACUACUUUAAAGAACUGUUUCUAAUCAGUUUUGUCAAACAGAUUUUAAAUAGGGUAAAAAUUGUAUUGCAAUGGUGCUUUACACUGGAUAAAAUGCAUUUGUGAUUUGUUGUUCAAUAUUUUGAAACUGGUUUAAAAUAUAUAAAAAACUCAAGGGCUUUUUCUAAGUGAAACAUGGUUUAAACUGUCCUUAGAUACAGAUCCGAACAACAACAGGAAUUUUGAAGAACACAUUUUAACCACGUCUUUUAACCUUAUUCAGACCGGGGAGCGCUUUUGAGGCUGCCUCUCAAUAAAAAGUUGAAUAACGUCAAAACCAUUAAAGCCAUGACUACCAACUUACCGAGUUUUCCUUAAAAAUUAGCUGGAAACAUUUUAAAGUCAUCGUGUCAUGCACGUCAGCAUUGGACAGCCAUGCUUUUUUUUUUUUUUUAAUUUUGCAUUUUCCUCUAAAAAGGGUUUAUUUAUUUAUUUAUUUAUUUAUUUAUUUAUUUAUUUAUUUAUUUAUUUAACUUAUUGGACUAUAGUAGUAUACUUAAUUUAAUAAUUUUAUUAUAACUGUUAGUGAAAUUCAGGCUUUUUAGUGACUGAUUUUUAGUGACGGGCAGGCAGGCGUACGGUCACGUGACUACCAAAUUUUCUCGGAUGGAUAGAUAACCAAACCUUCUGAGUAAUUGUUUUAUUUUGCAUUUUCUGUUUGUCUUGAAAGAUUGGGAGCUCAUUACAGAUUAUGGUCUACCAUUGGAACAGAACAGGAUUUUGACGUUCUAAGGAUAAUCCUGCACGAAAACUAUCACUACCCAAACACAUAUAGCAACGAUAUUGCUUUGCUCAGGUUAUCAAGACCAGCUGUGCUUGGCAAAGGAGUUGGCUUGGUUUGUCUCUCAAAUGAAAAUUUUCAGCUUCCAUUUGAUAAUUCUGGCAAGCCCUGUUGGAUCACUGGCUGGGGAACAAUUUAUUAUGCUGGUCCACAGCCAAACGCACUGAUGCAGGUUGAUUUGCCACUCGUAUCUAAGCAACGCUGCCUCAAUUAUUACCCUGGGAAAAUAGACGACUCCAUGAUAUGCAUUGGAAAAGUCCAGGGAGGUCAGGGCGCCUGUCAUGGUGAUAGCGGAGGGCCACUUGUGUGCGAAUUUGGUGGUAAAUGGUAUCUUGAAGGAGCUGCCAGCUGGACGGGCCUCCCUUGUGCAUCCCCACUGAAGCCAACCGUGUAUGCUAACGUUCGUAACUUGAAAUCCUGGAUAAUCAACAAAAUGAAUGGAUAUGUUACCCCUUCUCCACCUCCCCCUGGCGCCUCAGGUACAGUCUGAAAAGGAACGUGAACAAGAAAAUAAUAAUAAUCUAUGCCACUGAUAUAAGCAUUAUAAAGGAAAUAAAGGGAGAUGUAAAGAAUCGACCAUAAGAGGACACGGAAAAAAUCUGAGCCCCAGACGGGAUUUUCUGUGUCCUCUUAUAGUUGAUUCUUUACAUCUCCAUUUAUUUCCUUUAUAAUACACCUUUUGCUGUUCAUUACGAGAAAAUACGCAUUCAUUUGUGUGAAACGGCGACCAUCAGCGCGGAGAUACAUUCAUUAGCGCAAUAAAGCGAACAUUUGCGCCUGAAUCAGAUCCAAUAACGAUUUUUGCAUUUUAAUCAACAUUCAAUGACAUAUGUGGGCAUUCAUUUGCGUCAUUCGACAUACCAAAGAGAAAAAUAUACUUUCAUUAACGCUAACAUCAAAGUCAUUAACACCAUCUUGAAAGUCAAUAGGGACAACUGAUAUACAUUACAGUGCAAACACUAUUCAUUAACAUUUUUAUGACACUGUUUGCAAUUCAAUAGCAUUCCUGGACAACCUAAGGAUGGAUAAGACAAACAUUAAUGCGCUUGUACAGUCAAUUGAGCGUUCUCGUAAUGAACAACAAAAGGUGUACUAAUAUCAAAGGCAUAGGUUGGUUGGUUGCAGGCUCCUUCAUAGGCGAGUCAUUUCUUGCAGUUAAUGUGACUGCGUGAUGCAGUUAAGCCUUAAUGUGUUGCUUGUGAUGGACUACGUGACUGCGUGAUGCGGUUGGCAAGUUCAACCAAUAAAAAUGACCCUUGUUCGCCAACGAGUCCUCAGUAGCUCAGAGGUUAGAGCAUCCGAUCUAGAACACGGAGGGUCGUGGGAUCGAAUCCCAUCUGGGGCUCAGAUUUUUUCUGUGUCCUCUUAUGGUUUAUUCUUUACAUCUCCCGUUAUUUCCUCUAUAAUAAUAAUAAUAAUAAUAAUAAUAAUAAUGAUAAUGAUAAUGAUAAUGAUAAUGAUAAUGAUAAUGAUAAUUUUCUCAUAAGUAUAAUACUUUGUUAAUCACUGGAUAAAAUCACAUAUCCAAUGUUACAAAGUCAAUAAGAGAAAAGCUUUAUAAAAUGGAGAAAAAAAAAACUAGUGAAUGGAAGAGAAGACAAAAAUUAUAAAUAAUCUGCACAAUGAAUUUUAAUGCUGACAAUAUUAGGCUUUAGUUCUUUCUUUAUUAAUCACUAUUCUCAAUCUACUAUUAAUUUAUUUUGAGCUUUUUCGUUUAUAUUUUUCAAUUCAAUAUCUCUUAAAGCUCAUCAAAUUGGGUUGAUCAUUUAUAUCAAAUACAUUUUAAACUGGUUUAUGAUCUUGCACCCCUCGUCAUUCCAGAAAGGCUGCAGACAUUAUUUACAAGAGAAAAUAACACAAAUACAUUUUACGUACCCAUUUUUUUCGUGGACUUUAGGCCUGAGACUGGUUGGAGGAUCUGGAAGCUGGGAAGGAAGAGUUGAAGUGUAUCAUAAUAACAUCUGGGGAACCGUUUGUGAUGACUCCUGGGGUAUAAAUGACGCGCGAGUCGUUUGUCGUCAACUCGGGUUUCCUGGCGCUGUAAGUGCUCCAGGAUUUGCUCGAUUUGGUGCCGGAAGUGGUCGAAUUUGGCUGGAUGAUGUUGCUUGCGUAGGCAGUGAAAGUUCAAUUGUCUAUUGUCGGCAUAGUGGUUGGGGCAUUCAUAACUGCGCUCACAGUGAAGACGCAUCAGUGAUAUGCUCAGGAGGUAUGUUGUUGUUGUUCUUCUUUCAGGUGAUACAACUUUAUUUUUAGGAGACAUUCCUACAACUUUGAAUCGGAUAACUUGAGUGGUCUUUCGCAUCUUCUUCAUCAUCACCGUCAUCAUUAUUGUAUAGUUCGUUUUUCACUGUCACGCAAUAAACAGCGAACAAAAAAAAAUUUAAACCGUCCAGUGGAAGAAGCCAAGAAAAUGAAAUUCAUAAAAGACUAAUAUAUAAACAAUUUGUUCAAGUCUCAGGUCUUUGUGGCCCACAGUUUCUGAGUUAUUUGCAUAAAUGUUUCAGGUAGCUUUGUGGAGCUUUGUACGGAGACGCCAUAUUGGCGUACAGUUUUGGUACACCAAUAUGGCCGCCGGAGAUCAACAAAACCAUCUGGAGUUCACUUUUUCUAUAAAAAAAAAAAGCUCUUUCUUUUCACUCGGGAGUAAGCAUACGUGCGCAUAAACACAUCUUCUAAUGCCUAAAAUGGUUAAACUGCUAAAAAUGAAGAGGAUAGACUUUUUUUCAAUGAGACAGCAUUUCCUAUUUUGGUGUCACGCGCUAUGAAAACUCGGAAGUUCAAAUUGCUGUAUUUUCGAAAUGAAAUAUCCUACGGGACUGGAGACUUGUACAAAGAUUUAUAUUUUGUUUUUCUUCAAUCUAACGUAAAUAAGAAUUCGUAAAACCUCGCUAUCUUGACUUUACAAUUUGAUGACGUCAUUUUGAAAACCAUCCAAAGCAGUAACAGCAAAGGAGGCGAAGCUUCUCUAAUGUGAGGAUACUGAUUUCUGUUUUCAUCAUUAGGUUUCCCAGCACAAAAAAAAAGGCAGAAGUAAUAACGUUUAUUCAAAUUCUUUUAGUUAACUGAGCCGUAUUAGGCCGCUGCACUUUAUAUGGAGCCCAAAAUGAGACUAAAAUUGGGUAGAUUGAUUGAUUGAUUGAUUGAUUGCUUUACCAUAGCCUGCGAACAAGCUCUCCGGGGCAAUGUGUACAUGGAUAAAAUUGGCUUGAAAAAAUUGAACCACAACACAUCUUAUCUGUGUUUCGCUUAGUGCUAUAAAUGCUUUAGAAAACUGAUUAGAUAAAUGUUAAUUUGAAGUAGAGCCCAAGCAAAUAAUCAAUAUUAUGGAAGAUACAGUAGUAAAAGAGUUGAGGGGAAAGAUCUUAUGUCUUUAUUUUUUUACGAUUGUGUGUCUGUUUGUUUGGUAGCGUAUAGUAAACAGCUACCGCCUAAACCUUAACAAAAUAAUCAAAUUCUCUCUAUCGACAGCACCAACAACGUCUGUGCCAUGGACAACGUGGUCGCCCUGGACGUCGCCAUCUGCCCAACCAUCGUGUAACUUUGACUAUGGAUUGUGUUAUGGAUGGAGUCAGUCUCUCUCAGACGUAUUUGACUGGACACGCCGAAGAGGAAGUACUUCAUCUUCAAAUACGGGGCCUUCAUCAGAUCACACUACUGGAAACGGUACACGAUUACACUGUAAAUAAUUUCACAAGGGGCUCUGUCUUGUAACAGAUAUAUAUAUAUAUAUAUGUACCGUUAAUUGCCGCUUAUAAGCUCGCCCAAUAAUAAGCCCCGCCCCACCCCCAGUUGUAAGCUCAUAUACACGGUCCACUCCUUCCAACCCAGAUAUAAGCCUACCUCCAAUGCAUUGAAAUGAAUUCGAUUUAACUGAAGCUUAAUAAAACAAUAAUAAUAAUAAAUCAGUAAAUUGAAAACUUGUUUUGAUCAGCAUUGAUAUAGCUUGUUUCGAAGCCUAGGUUAUUUUUCUAUUUCUUUAAAGCAGAAUAAUCCAGGUUCCUGUCCAGGUAUUAGAGACAAAUAUCAACUGAUUAAUAACCUGAAAGUAUGACGGCAUUUUUUGUUUUAGUUUGCUUAUUUAUGCACGCAGCAAUAACACUGAGAAUUUCAAAUGUCGAUUCCUUGAAAAUCCUCGUUAUCAAGUCUUUGGAAGGUUUUUCUUUUUAAAUACGUUAAUCCUCGUCCAUAUUGGGAAGACGCGGUAGGGGCGGGUGGGGAAAAAGGCGAGAGGCAUAUUUCACUGUCAUCUCGGUUUACAGUAAUGAUUUUUAAUCUAAAUUUUCAUCAAGUUACUAUCAAUUUCAUUGUAGUUAUUACAAUUAUGCUCUUGCAGGAUACUACAUGUAUAUAGAGACAUCGUCCCCUAGGCGACAAGGUGACAAAGCAAAACUUCAAAUGUCAGUGUCUGGAAAUGGCGCAGCAGCUUGUCUCGUUUUCUAUUAUCACAUGUAUGGUGGUACCAUGGGGACUCUUAAUGUUUACAGCGGAAAUGAGUUGGUUUUCAGUGUAUCUGGGAACCAGGGAAACUACUGGAUACGAGCAAGAAAAACGAUAUAUUUGCGAAACAAUGUAAGUUUACUACAUUUUGGUUCUCAAGAAAUCACGACUGUUGGUAUUGAUUAAAUUUCAAAAAUCGAUUUCUCUGAAAAUCUUCAGACAUCGGCUGAAAAUCCUAAGGACGUAAAAGGAUGUCUAUCAAACGACCUUGCCAAACUCUCUCACGAUAUUUUUAAAGAUCAUUUUUGCCUGUUUUCGAACAAAAAAUUGAAAUUAUGAGAAAGAUUAUGAUCUUUCAGUCACCGAAACAGGUGGCUUUGAGGAAAAAAUCCCAGUACUUCCCGGCAUUAAAAGUCGACUGUCGACCCUAUGACCCUUGGUUACUAGUUUAGGUGCUGUACCACUUAGCUACAGUGACUAGGGUCAUGUGACAAACGUCCUGGAUACUGCUAAGGCUAACUUAAAUCUCGAUAUGCAACCGAAACAAUUUAUUUGCAACACAGUGUAAUUUUGAUAAAGGUGAAUUUUCAAGGAAACGCGACUUUGCCUCAUGUAAUGGAAUCCCUAUUUCGGAAUCCUGAAACUUUUUUGCUCGUGGAAUCCGGAAUCCUGGCUUUAAUUUUGAAUCCGGAAUACCUUUCUAGGAAUCCGGAAUCCCACUAAGAUUAGAAUCCGGAAUCCAAGUUCCAUUGACAAAGGUCAGGAAUCCAUUGCGUAAAAUCUAGAAUUUAAGACUGUUUUGGAUUCCCUUUAAUGGGAUGAGCGACUGUUGGUCUUAAAUUUCAGGCCCCGGUUAUCCACUCUUUGAACAACCGGGGCUAGACGGCUAAAAUCUUUACAUACAUCUAAUAUAUGCAGAAUUCUUUGAAGAUCUUCAGAGAUUGGUUGAUAAUCCUACAUAUGAUAUAAAAGAAUCUAGUUAUUUUGUUAAAACCCCUUACGUUAAUCUUUUUAGAGAUCAACGUGCUACCAAUUCUACAUUAAAAUUGGCCACUAUAUGUAAAUCUAAUUUUAAGGGGAAUUUGAAUCUUACUUUUCUUCCUGUUGAUUUCCUCUCUUUUAUAAGCCAUGGCUUUAUUUAUUUAUUUGUUUAUUUACUUAUUUUAUUUCACAACGGUUUCCGCUUGCAGCGAUCCAACUUGUUUGACUUACAAAUAAAUUAACUAAAUAAAUAAAUACAUUUUCUCCAAGUGUAUGAAUUUUUUCCCAUUGCUUUGUACUAUAUUUAUAGGUAACCUUCGAAGGUAUUGCGGGGUCUUCAUUUACAGGAGAUAUAGCUAUCGAUGAUGUGGCAAUCACCAAUGCAAGCUGUAAUAAUCAUACCGCUGGAGGUAAAUAGUCCAGUAGUUGGAUUAGGCUUUAAAAUAGUUGGUUAAAUUCCUUGUGUGCAUCACCUCAGUUGCGUGUUAUUACCCAUUAACUGUUGUUGUUGUUGUUGUUGUUGUUGUUGUUGUUGUUGUUGUUAAGAUAGCCAAAGAGGAAAAGUAAUUUCUUUAUAGAAGGCGGCGUGGCCAAGUGGUCAAUACUUCUUGCCAUCCGGCAGUCCCUGGUUUUAGUCCCCGUUCCGAAUACUUGUAAAUAGCUGCAGAUUGCCACUUGCAAGUUGUGUUUGUUAUUGUUGUUGUUAUUGUUUUAAAGCUGUGUUCUAUUUGGAUUAUUCAUUGUUUCCGAUUGUUCCUGUAGCUUGGAAACUAAGAGCAUUUUCACGGUGAAUACAUAGUACACCCUAUUUCCUUGAACUCUAGGCCACGCUGCCGAGUUGUGAGCCAAGCGAAGUAACUUUUACUCCGAAUUCCAGGUAAAAGGCCCUGAGUUCAAAUGUGUUGUUGAACUGAAAGUCGGGAGACGUUAAGACGGAAUCCAUCAGGAAAUUGAGUAAUUUUGUGAUAUUUGACACUCAUUUUCUCGGGCUCCCAUAAGAAUGUUUUUUUUGGGGGGGAGGGGGGGUUACUACAGAUAAUUUAUUACAUCUUUAGCCCUUGAAAAGUGUAAGAAAGAAUGCAAUAGGCUCUAAAUUAUUCUGGUACAAGAUUUUUGUGCACUGAAAAUCAAAAUUAGUUAAUGUCCUGGUGGACUUCGUCUUAAAAUAAUAUGCAACUUCUCUAUACUAAUAGCACCAACAACGUCCGUGCCAUGGACAACAUGGUUGCCCUGGACGUCGCCUUCUGCUCAAGCAUCUUGUAACUUUGACAAUGGAUUGUGUUAUGGAUGGGGUCAGUCUUCCUCAGACAUAUUUGACUGGACACGCCAAAGAGGAAGUACUUUAUCUUUAAAUACGGGGCCGUCAUCAGAUCACACUACUGGAAACGGUACAUAUACUAACACUAACACAAUAAAUAAAUUCUCAGUAUCAGCAAGUUAUCAGUCGACGAGACCUUUUUCGUCACCACUAUCAACAGACCUUGUCACGGUUUUCGACGACAUCUUGACGAGUAGGCAAACGCGUGAGAAAUUACAGUGUUUGUUUGAGAGUCUCCUGUCGAAUAAUUUCCGUAAAACGGCUGUUCUGAAAAAAAAAAAAAUGAAUUGUAAACUAAAGCUUCACUCUUAAUGAUUCUACUGAAACAAAUGGGCCAUUUCCGAGUUCCCCCUGGCCUCUGUUUCAAAACGAGGGUAGGUGCUCAGCCUUUGAUAUGGAAAUCAUUUUUCAUUCUCAUGCAAAUAAAACUCAUUUAACAAGAAAGGUUGUGCACCUAGCCUCAUUUGAAAGUGAGGAUUUUGGAACUCGGAAGUGGCCUAUUGAGGGCGUUACAUGCUCUAGAAGACCUGGAACCACUUUUUAAAACUUUCUAUACAUUGGUCUGUAGGAAAGUCCCGAGAAAAAUUACACUCAAAUAUAUGGAAAAUCUGAAGCAUUGUAAGCCCUAGAGAAAUUUAAGCACACGAAUGCCCCAAUUCUUUUUUAGUACAAUCCUUUGCUUUGUAGCUUUAGUUUACAAUUCAUUUUUUUUUUUUCAGAACAGCCUUUGUACGCAAAUUAUUUGACAUUAGAUUCUCAUAUAAACACUGUAAUUUCUCACGCGGUUGCCUACUGGUCAAGAUGGCGUCGAAAACCGUUACAAGGUCUACAAUAUUUUGUUUCAAGGCACAAAGUCUUGUUGCAAAUGAGGGUCUCGAUGGGGUUAACCCUAAGCUCUCAAACGGCCUAAAACUUAACCGUCAACCGUCAAAAAUGCAGAUUAAUAUUAACCGUCAAAAAGUUUCAAGGUAUUUUUUUUUUAAAAUCUCGCUAUUUCAGCUAAUCUUCACAGACUCCGUCUGGCUUUGGCUCCUGGGGAAUCUCUUAAUUGCAAGGCCUCAGAACUUGCUUUAUCUGGAAAUAUUUGGAAAUGUUACAACUGAAAGGCCAAGACAACCGCCAAAACACAACAGUUAACAUUAAUUUGUAUAGAAGUAAAUAUUUACUUUAGCUCUUGGAUUAAAUUUGCACUAAAUAACCGUCAACCGUCAAAAGCUCUAAAAUUCAACCACCAGCUGUCAAAAUUGGAAGAAAAUAACCGUCAAAGCUACCACCCAAUUGAGACAAUUAAGACCCUCGCAAAUGAGACCUUACUCUGUUGGCAUCUUGAUAAAUCUGGGCAAAAAAAUCACUAUGUCGUUAUGAACUUGAAUAAUUUUUGUCCGGUUCUUUUUUGUCCGUGUUUGUUCUCGCUCCUUUAUGCAGUAUAUUCUGGGUGUUAGCAAACUAUUAGAAAUAACUGUCAACUGGCAGCAUUUUCAUGCCCAGUUUGCUUAUUUAUGCGUCCAGCAAUAACAAUUGGAAUUACAGUAUUACAGCGAAAUUCGUUGUAUCACAUUGCGCGUUUUGCAAACUUAGAAGGGAUUUUAGGUUUUUCUGUUCCGUCAAUCAUUUUAGUGAAGGCGGGGUUAGUGCAAAUCACAAUGUAACGUGCUCGCGCAGCUUGGCUGAGAAUGACUCUAGACUGCUCAAGAACAGCGAAGAACAUCGCGAUGGUGAAUGGAGUUUUUGUCGAAGGAAGGAGGCAGACGUUGCUUUAUUCUUUAUUCUUGCAAGUGACAGGAAUGAGAAAGAUCAUAAAAAAAUCUGCGAAGCAAACUUAACUAGUCGAUUAUUGCCCAACACAGGACGAUGAGAAAGCAACGAACCUUGAAACACGAAAGAAACAAAACGGAUCGAGAUCCACCAAUAACGAAUCACAAGCAAUGACCUUUUGAACUCGUGCAAGUAACAUGCAUUUCCUAAGAGGUCCGCUAAAAUGAUUGACAGAAUAGAAAACCCAAAAUGAGCAAAACGCACAGCGCGAUACAAGGAAUUUCGCUAUAAUUGCGCUUUUCACAAACACUCGAACUCUAAAGUUCAAAAGCCGCCUUCACAAUUGCUUUUUCGCUGCCGUCAAACAUAGUUACGAUCACAAGCAAUGAACCUUGAAACACAGAAACAUCCAAACCGGAUCGAAAUCCAUAAAUCACAGAUCUCAAACCUUGACCUUUUGAACCUGUUUAAGUGAAGUUCUGUUUCCUAAGAGGUCCGUUAAGAUGAUUGACGGCAGCGAAAAACACAAACGUCAGUUGGCUUUUGAACUUCAGAGUUCGCGUGUUUUUGAAAAGCGCAGUAAUUAAAAUGUCGCUAAUUAAUCCUCGCCCAUAUUAAAAAGGGGACGGGGAGAGAUGUGAAUAAAGAGGAAGGGCUUAUUUGAAGAGGGGAUGGGGGGGGGGGUACUCAAUACCGCAAUACCGUAAGAAAAAUUUGUAAAUACCGUGUCGAAAAUCUAUGAAAUACCGAUAAUGCAUUUAUGAUCGGUUACUCUUACUUAAAGUUAUAUCCAUCUCGCGUGUUUGUUUAUCUCACGCGUUUGAAGAAAGCAAGCAACCUCAGCCCUUGCCAUUUCUUUAAUUUUUACUGACAUUCACUGUUCAUUACUUAAUGAUUUUUUUUUUCUUCUAAAGGGGUGACAUGUCUUUAAAAAGGGAAUCGCUCAAUUGAGGAAUAACAGUAAUGAUUUUUGUUCUAAAUGUUCAUCAUUAUUACUAUCAAUAUCAUUACUAUUACCGUUGUGACCUUACAGGUUACUACAUGUAUAUAGAGACUUCGUUACCUAGGCGACAAGGUGACAACGCAAAACUUCAAGUGUCAGUUCCUGGAAAUGGUGCAGCAGCUUGUCUUGAUUUCUAUUAUCACAUGCAUGGUGAUACCAUAGGGACUCUUAAUGUUUACAGUGGAAAUGAGUUGGUCUUCAAUGUAUCUGGGAACCAGAGCAACAGCUGGAUACGAGCAAGGGAAACGAUUUAUUUGCGUCACGUUGUAAGUUUAAUAAAGCUUGAAUGUUGGUAUUCAGACGGCUGUACGUUUUCAGAAAUCAAUUAAUAUCCUCAGAGAUCGGUUGAAAAUCCUAAGUACACAAAAGGAUCCAUCAAAUUAUCUUGCUAAACCUCCUCACUAUCUUUCCAUAGAUCCUCCUCGGAUUACUGGAUCUAUCAAGUGUCCUUGCCUUAGAUACUUGCGCAAGUGAAAUUAUGAGCGAGUUAAUUUUCAGUCUGUGAAACAGGGUGGCUUAGAGGAGAAAAUCUCAGUAUUCCCAAUGGGAGACAAACUUGUGACCUUGUGGUUUCUAGACUAGAUGCUGUAUCACAAAGUUACAGGAGACUCAUGGUAGCUAAGACCACUUAUUAUAACUAGAUUAAUGAGACAAAAGUCAAGCAUAAUGCUAAGACUAAAUUUAAAUGUUGAUAUGUGCUUGUGCGCAACGAUACAGAUGUGAUAAAAAUUCACCAUUCGCUAUGUGAAUCAUAGCUUCUUUGUGUAGAUUACCUCUUUCAUGAUCACGCCGUUUUCACUGUCAUUUUGGUUGCCACUUGCAUCGAUGCCACUUGGUUGAAUCAGAUACUUCCUAAUGCUUUGUAUUUCACUUAUAGGUAACCAUUGAAGGUAUUGUGGGAUCAUCAUUUACAGGAGAUAUCGCAAUCGAUGAUGUGUUAAUCACCAGUGGAAGCUGUUUUAGUCCUUCUGUGUUGCCGACGAAUCAAAGCAUUGGAGGUAAAUUAAUUUUAAAAUACUUGGUACUUAUUUUGUUUAAAGCUAAGAUGAAAAACAGAAGUAUCUUUGGAAUAAGAGGCCGCGCUUUGGUUGAGUGGUCAGUGCUUCGCAGUACCAUCCGGCAGUCUCGGGUUCUAGUCCCGCUUCUUCUACAGUAGCUGAAUUUGUUUUUAGGACGUCCCGAGCUCAAAUCCCAGGAUCGAUGAUCCUAAAUACGCCAAUUCUGUUGUCAUUGUUUGUUUGUUUGCUUGUUUUUUGGCCAUUGUUGUUUUUUGUUGCUGACCUGUUUGAAUUCUGGUAUUUACUUGUUUUAGUUUUGUUGUUGUUGUUUCUAAUUAUUAUAAAGGAAGGGCGUGUAAACUAAACUAGCUGGAAAGCUAAGUGCAUUUUCGACGGGAAUAAACUUUGUUACUGUUUGAAAGUGGUCCGCGAGCGGUUAGAAACUUGAUAGUCUUGAGUUAGAAGCCUUCGCCAUGUUUGUAUAAAAAAAAAUCCAUUCCUUCUGUUUGGGAUUCUAAAUUCCCACAACUCUGCUUGCGGUUUAUUGAUUUUAAGUUUUCUACUUCCCUAAUUGCCAUGUAACCUACAAAAAUUUUCGCAGAGUAACAUCUAAGAACAAAAUGCGCACUACUGGUUUAAAGAAACUUUUUAGCGAAAACUAUUUUUGUUGUUUUAUGUUCAGUUUGAGAGUUUAAACUGCUCGUUUUUUACACGGCCCUUUGGAUUUCAUGAUUUUCCUUGUUCAUGCAUGCUCGUUUCAUCGACAGACUCUGGUCGUGGAGAAAAAUGUUUGCUAUUAUGUGGCAGCUGAAUUUACUGAUUUUAAUUUGUAAGGGCUCGCUGAGUGACUACGCAAUAUUGUAAGAUACAUCCAGAAAAUUUGAUACUUCAGUAAGAAUAUGCAUACAGUUCGGGGUACAAGUAAACCGUUAAGUGGCUGCUCAACGAAGGGUGGCCGCUUGAUAGGAGUUCGUCAUUACUAAACACAACUUUAAUCUUUAGUGGACAAAUCGCUUUAUUUUAAAAUAAGAACGCGACAGAAUAAGCAGUAUUAGUCCACAAUCGGUCAUCAUCAGUAUUUUCGUUCAUGAGCCAAAAAAAAGUGUAUCAAGGGCUUGAUGACCGCUUUAUAGAGGUCAACAAUGGGAGAACUCUCGUUGGGACGGCCAAAAGGUGUGGUCACGACCGCUUAAUAGAGGUGGCCGUUUAAUACAAGAGGUUUAAUUUUCCAUUUCCUACAAUUAGUCCGGGACAUUAAAUACUGGCUGCUUAAUAAAGGGUGACCGCUUAAUGGAGGUUCAACUGUAUUUAAGGGGGUAUGUCACGAUAUUUGCUACCUAGUUUUAUUGGUUUGUUUUGUUUUUUUUUUUUUGUUUGUUUGUUUGUUUGUUUUUUAUUAAAACUGUUUCCUGUCGUCUGUUGUUACGGAUGGCAAGUAUAGAAUCUGAGGUUAAAACUUGAAAAAAUUGGGUACGUUUUUUCAUGUUUUAAAUGCUAUGCCUAUAGAAAUCACCAAAAAAUUAUUUUGGUUCGAGCUCCCUGAUGGAUGUCUAUACAUGGGUAUUUUGUAUAUAGGUAAAGGCAAUAAUUAACGACUUAGCAAGACCCGAGAAAAAUGUUAAUCAACUAACCCACCUCGGCUUACAGUUUUUAAGGAUUGAUUACUUUUGCUAUGCUUAUCGUUCUUCUUGUUUCAUGUGCAGGUUGUUCUGAUCUCUUCCCGAACCUCUGUUCAUCAUUAGCCCACGGAAAUUUCUGUGUGAAUAGUUUUAACUUCUCUAGAACAUAUUGCGCAAAAACAUGUGGUUUUUGUGGAGGUAUGUAUUAGGGACUAUCUUGCAUAAAGCUCACAAAUAUCGACGAAUAGUCCCCCGACUUCGUCUUGGUGAUUAUUCGCGGAUAUUAACGUCGCCUUCUGCGACUAAUUGUUAAAUAGACAUUUGUUUUUGUUUUCACUUCGUAAACAGAUUUUUUUAAAAGGGUAUUUGUUAAUUAAUUAAUUUAUUUAUUCGUUUAUUUAUCUUUUCUCUCUGUUUUACAGCGGGUUGCUCUGAUAGACAAGUUGUGUGCCCGCAUCUCCCAAAUAGCUUUUGUUCUGCUUAUUUCUACUGGUCCUUGCAAAAUUGUCGACGGUGGUGUGGUUUCUGUUCAGGUAAACUGAUAACAUUUUAAAAUUCGUUAUCACAGGCGUCAAUGCAACUUGGAGCAAGGGUGGCACAGUGGUGAGAGCACUCGCCUCCCACCAAUAUGGCCCAGGUUCAAAUCCCUGCGUCGACGCCAUAAUUAUGUGGGUUGAGGUUGUUGCUGUUUCUCUCCCUUGCUCCGAGAGGUUUUUCUCCGGGUACUCCGGUUUUCCCCUUUCCUCAAAAGCCAUCACUUCCAAAUUCCAAUUCGAUCUGGAACGCACGGACGCGUUUAAACGAGUGCAUAUGAACUCUUGAGUGCUUCGUGGGUAAAAAAGCAAUUUACAAUUUAUUUAUUUAUUUAUUUAUUUAUUUAUUUUUAAUGGGGGACGCCCGGGUACAUACGAGGAUAAAUUUGUCAUUUCUUCUUUUAAAGCUUGAUUAAGUCUUAGACACUUCAAAUCCAGGAGAAAUCAAGUGCAUUUGACAAAUUGAGCGGGUCCAAAUAGACACGAUGAAAGUCGCAAAAUCGUAUUUUAGAGACAUUUUAGGCUCUCUACUUUAUUCUCCACAGUGCUCUUUACUGGAGACUAUACACACGAAAAAGAAAAGAAUGAAGGAAAUAAACAGUCUUGCUCUUGGAAAGUUUUGCCAGUUUAGUAAAAAAAAAAUCCAUAAACGCUCCAAUGCUUGGGAUAAUAGUAAUAGUAAUAGUUAUGAUAAUGAUGAUCAGCGACCAAUAACUUGCUUAGAGUAGCAUGCAUGUACAAGUUGUUCACAUCGUGUAUUCACAUUCCUUUAGACAGUCAUCUAAAUGAGUAUGAUUUAAUGGAAGGUGAGCAAAGGGGAGACAAGGCUGGUUGCAGUAGUACCACGGGCAGCCUUUUGAUUGACAAAAUGGUCACGCAGGAUUACCAUCGUGGUAAACGGAAUUUAAGCAUGGCUUGGGUGGAUGUAAAGAAGGCCUAUGACUCUGUUGAUCAAAACUGCCUAAACGAGAGUAUGGAAGUUCACCGGCUCUGGCUCUGUAGGGCGAUCCGGAACCUCUGUUCAAACUGGAAUAGCAGAAUCGCAGUUCCUACAAAGCAGGCAAAUGAGACUUUCUAGUCCAUCAGAUUCAAUAAAGGUCUGCCCCAGGGAGACUCACUUUGCCCGCAUCUCUUCACUUUAUGUCUAAACCCGGUUGUUGGAAACUAAAUGCUAAGUAGGGGUAUAGGCUUUCUAAGCCUGUAGGGACUAAGGUGACACAUUUGCUGUAUGUAGACGAUCUUAAAGUGUUCGCUUCAUCUGAGAGCAAGCUAAACAGGGCACUACGAUCCACCAGUACCGCGAUGCAGGAUAUGGGCUUGCAGUGAAACCCAAAGAAGUGCAACGUUAUCUAUGUCAGAAAGGGCAAGCACGUUGAAGAUGCUGUAGACCUCAAGCUGGACGAGACAACUUUGGUCGCGAACCUUAAGACUGGGGCCAAGUACGUGUUCCUGGGUGUGAGAGAGUCUGGACAACCCUCUGCAAGACGAAAACCGCAUCUAGGCAACAAACCAGUUCGACUUACCUGUCUUGAUGUACCCCACGUGGACCCAACAUUGGCGAUUGGAAGAGCUGCAAAGUGAAAUAGACACAAGGAAGUUAAUCAGUGAGAAUAGUGGGAUACACCCUCUUAGCUUCUCUGCAGUGCUGUAUCUUCCAAGAGAUAAAGGGGGACGUGGACUCAAGUCCGUAGAACAAUAUUACAAGUUAAUUAAGAUCAAGGCGGCUAAGAAGCUGUAUGAGAAUCCAGACCCAAUGAUGAGAAGUGUGCGGAUAUUUGAAGGGAAAGCAUGCGAGAAGGGAUUCUCCUCACUUGUGAAAGACGCGUACCUGUUUGCGGAGGAAAUGGGGACUAGUCUGAAUUUGGCAACUCCCGAUCCAUCAUGCAGCUCGCAGUGAGCCCCAGCGAAGAGGAUCAGUAGACAUCAGGUAAGACAACAUCUUAAGAAAGCUGUGGAAGAGAAGCUUAAGGAAAAGGUGGAAGAUCAGAGAUGGCAAGGACGUCUGCUGUGGACCAGACGGGAAGACGACCAGCUAAGUGAACAUGGCUGUUUCGUCUAGUUGAGUGGGUGAGCGAGCGCUCCUCCUCAUUCUGUAGCAGGGGUUAUGGAACUUUAUGAGCAGCUCUUACCAACCCGAGUUUAUGCGGGUUAUAAGACCGAUAGUUCACGCCAAAUUAACACCAUUUGCAUAAUGUGCGGUAAGGUAUCAAAAAGCCUUGCCCACGUUUUGGCGGAAUGUUCAUCGCUGGUGCUGACUAAGUACAUGGGCAAGCAUAAUGCUGCACCAAAGGUGCUGUUAUUUGAAAUGCCGAGGGACUUCAAGCUUGCCGACUCUGUUCCUAAGUGGUAGUCACGGGUGGAGCCCAAACGGUUGUACGAGUCAGAGAAUGCUCAAGCAUACUGAGAUGUUCCUGUUUACGCAGAACACGCUUUCGUUCGAGACAACAGGGUAGACGCACGAUUUGUAGACCACAAGGCCAUGAGGGUGUUGGCUGUGGAAAUGAGCUGUCCAUGGUUGGACAAUCGCGCGAAGAAGGAUUCAGCAAAGACGUCGAAGUAACAACCACUCCGGUGGGAGCUUACCAAACAGUACCCAGGCUACAAGAUCGUACUGCUGAACGCCAUUGUGAAGGUUUUCACUUUUUCUCCUUGGUGGUCCAAGGAGCUAGAUUUCGAGAUGAGUAAGAUCUUCGGUGCGCGAUCGAGUGAUAUUCAGUAGAGGAUGCAGAACGCUGUACUGUCCAGCUCUCUGAAAAUUUUGCGGACAUUCAAAGUUAUUACUAAGAGAGGCCAUAAGCCCGCAUUUCAAGUGUUGUAGCAUAGACAGGGGUCAGGAUAAGCUUUACGUUUUCUUUAAUUAGUAUUCCAUUUUUAUCAUAAAAAUAUUAGGCUUCCGUUAUUAUUAUUAUUAUUUUUUUUUAUUUUUUUUUUUUAAUAUUAUAUAAUGCAUAUAUAGAUAAACGGUCGCUUAGGCUUACUUUUUCAUAAUGUAAACCUUAGGUUUGCAUUAGUUUUAGGAUUCUUUAUGAUUUCUUUUUAUUGCACCAGUGUAGAUUUAACUCGUUAUCACCUUUUUAGUGUUGAAUUCCCGUAAAGCAGUAUAGGCUAGUAAAAUUUGCGCCCUACGUGUCUAGUUUUCUAAGCAUGCAUACGUUGUAAACUGCUAUAAUAAUAUUAUUGUUAAUAAUAAUGGUUUCAAGCCAAUGUGCAGGAUUAUUAUUAUUGUUGCUGACCAAGAUCAGGCCAUCAAGACCAAGCACUAUCGUAAUAAGAUCCUAAAGAUGGUACAGACCCAAUAUGCAGGAUUUGUGGUCAAUUUCAGGAAACUAUUGACCAGAUUGUGGCGGGGUGCACUGAGCUGGCCAACACUGAAUAUCUACAAAGACACAACAAAGCCGCCACAUACCUCCAGUGGAACAUCUGCAAAGAGAUGAAUUAUAGACACACAAGAGAAAUAGUACGAGCAUGAACCCCAAACAGUAACAGAAAAAGACAAAAAAUCACAAUCUUGUGGGAUAUGCCAAUACAGAGAGAUCGUGUGAUAGAGGCUAACAGACCAGACGUUGUAAUCAAGAACAAACAAAAAAAAAAAGCCGCCUGCUGAUUGAUAUCUCCAUCCCUACUGAAAAGAACACUUCAGUUAAAGUAACUGAAAAAUUCUCAAAAUACAAAGACCUUGAAAUCAAAGUUGAAAGAAUGUGGGGAUGAAAGCUACAACAGUUCCGGUAGUGAUAGGGGCCUUGGAGCUAAUUAAGAAAGGGUUGGAAGAAUAUAUAUAGGAGGUCCCGGGUAACAUUAAAAUGCAUUAACUACAGAGGAUCACACUACUUGAAACAUCUCACAUCCUAAGAAAGACACUCUCCAUCAAAAAUACUUCUACCUCAUUAUAAACCUAGGCCCAAGGAAUGGGCACGGCUAGUAUGUUGUAUUAUGGUAUCACGUUCAAGAAGAUAAUAAUAAUAAUGAUAGCAAUAACUUUUCAUUAAUAUAAUAUUAUGGACACAGACAGACAAACUUGUCUUUUCCUAAUUGUAAAACAACUGACAUAUGGAUCGGUGGUAACGUUUUAUGGUCUCGUUUUAUCUUUAGCGUUCAUACUUAAGACUGUUCCAUGUAAUUUUCUAAAUCGUUUUCGCAUGAAAACAAUGAGACGGUGGCCAUGUUGGUGUACAAAAAAAAAAUCACUUGGGGUUUAACCUCUUUUCUCACUUUAAGAUAAACCUUCUCUAGCUUUAACCUUUCUAUACUUUACAUCUUUCAGCUAAUGCUCAUUCGACGCCCACUCCAGCUGGUUCAACGUUACCGCCAAGCACUUAUUCAGCCGGAAAUCAAAAUACUUCCACAACGCCAACUGCAGAUGGUUCAACACUUAAACCAAGCACGCCAUCGAAUGAACGGAUGAGAGAAUCGGUUAUGUUGAAGGUCAAUAAGAUGGACAUAAAAAAGGUAGGGUUUUUUUCUUAUAUCAAAAAAUCACUUUUACGUAACAAAUAUUAACGAUGAAUAUUUAUUAAUUUGUGUUUUUUUUUAUGUGUUUACUUCUUUUUUUGUAAGCUCUUAUCAUGUUUAUUAUUAUUAUUAUUAUUGUUAUCAUUAUUAUUAUUGUUGUUGUUGUUAUUAUUAUUAUUAUUAUUAUUAUUAUAUAACUGGUGAAAAUUAUCGUCCAGAUCUUCUUUUCCUUAUCCAGUCCAAGUUUGAGUCUAACCUUAACAAGAAUGCAGUGCUUAAAAAAUAAAAAAUGUCUGAACUUGAUCAACGAAAUUAGUAGAAAUUACAGAGGUGUGAGAUUUGUAAAUCUCUCCAUGAGAUCCCAUGAGAUAGGAAUUGGGAUAGCCCAGACUUAAUACAACUUUGAUUUCUUGUCUUGUCUUUUUUUUUUUUUUUUUUUUUUUUUUUUUUUUUUUUUUAGUCAUCCAAUCUCAAGCAGCAUUGUAAAUUGCCUAUAUGAGAUUUACAAUUGUACAUUCAAAAACACAAAUAAAGUUUCCAUAGUUAUUAUUAUUAUUAUUAUUAUUAUUAUAGAGAAGGGUCAAGCAGGACUUCCCUAGACUCAACAGCUAUAGAUACUUUAUUAUUGAGAUGUACAUAGAAAGCUUGAUUUUUCAGUUUAUAGACAGUUGUUUACAUUUGCCCUGUAGAAAACCGCCAGACCACCAAGAAGUCAUUUUUAACCACAGUUAUACUGAAUUUGUAUCUAAUUUUCAAUUUAGGAAGAGUUUAAUACACAUUUUGCACGUGGAAAUUAAAAUUAUUAUUAUUAUUAUUAUUAUUACUAUUAUUAUUAUUAUUAUUAUUAUUAUUAUUAUUAUUAUCAUUAUUUUACUAUUAUUUUGGUUUGCUGUUGUUUUGCUUUUUACUCAUGCAAGAAUGUUUUUGCUUGUUUUUAUUAUUUAUCAGUGGAACCAAAACAUGGAACGCUCUUUUAAAAAUGAAGUUGCAACAGCAGCGAGGGAAUAUUGUGCUAAAGCUCAGUGUUACCCAGAGCAAUCAAGGUGAAUGGUUUUGUUUAUUUUUGAUUGCAAGACACGGAUGAAGUCUUAAAUUAAUGAUAUCACAACUUAAUAAAGCUGAUCACAUCGUCUUCAUGUUUCAUUAUUUUCAAGGGUUAAGAUGAACUCAGCAGAUUGGCUUGCUCCCAAUGUAUGGGUCUUCAUAGCUCAAAUGGUAGAGAACGGCAGCACUAACGCAGAGGCCAAUAAGUCGCGUUGCUUAAAUUGCAAUUACCACUGCCACGAUCAUAUCUUGUGAACAUUCUCUCCCUUUAAAUCCUUGCCAAAGUCUUUCGUCAGGUUCCUCGUUCAUGUUUCCGUUCUUUUUAACCCUAUUCAGACUGAGGGGGCUUUUGAACCCCCCUCCGGCAAAAUCGUGAUAACUCCUACACCGAAAGAGCUAUGACGAUCAAAUUUUCUGACUUUUCCUAAAAUUUAUCUAGGAACAUUUUGGUAUAAUUACCAUGUCCAUGUGAUUAAUCAUGUUGCCAUGGCAACCAGUUUCUGACACAUAGGUUUUGGAAAAUUUAAAAAUGGUGAUUUUUUUGUUUUAAGAUCGCGUUUUUACACUUAUAGUGCUUUUUGUUGUUAAAAUGGUCUUUGCUUGGGAAUAGUUUUUGAAUUACAUCAAAAUGUUUCAACAUCGAAUAUUUGGGGGAGGGGUGGGGUAAAAUUUGUCACUUUUUUUGCUUUGACAAAUAUGCUGCUCUAUUUUCCACAUAACACUUCCAAAGUCAUGUGUUUGGGUAAUAAACAUUAGUUUGAUACUUCUUUUAUACAUUCUGAGCUUUUUCCCGUUUGAAAGUUGCUUUAAAUUAUAAUUUUAACAAAAAACGGAAAUCCAAGAUGGCGGAUCCAGCAUGGCGGAUCCAAGAUGGCUGACAACCAUUUCAAAUUUUAAAUUUUAUUGCUUCCUAUUGCAUUUUUUCUCGCUGUACAAGUGUUUCCUUGUUACUAGUUCAUAAGAAAGGAUAACAAAGAGAUGACUUUAACAAUAUUAUUGAUAUUUUACGUAUCUAAGUGGAAAAAUUAUAAGAAACAUUGAAAAAUCGGAAUAUAACGUCACUGUGACAUCAUCAUUGGGCGUGGCAAGUCAAAACUGGGUGUGGGGCGUCUUUGUACGGAGAUGAUCAUUGUAUGUAAAUUUCAUGACCCUAGCAUUAUUGGUUCCAGAGAUACAGAGGGGGGUCCGAGGAGCCCCCGAGUCACAGAUUGACCAAAAAGCCCAGUCAAAAUAGGGUUAAGCAUACUAGCUGUAAUUUAACAUUUUGAUCAUUGAUGGCAAUAAACAGCGUUCAUAGAAGUAAGCAAUAAGAACAAAAUUUUUGCAAUAAUAUAUGUAGAUUUAGCCAGGUCUAAAAGCGAAGCUCUCAAUAAUAUUUAUAGUUUGUUCAAACAAAAUACAAAAUAGUGGAAUGCUUUGCGGAGAAGGCAACGCCGGAGAACGGUGAAAAACAGCAAUCGGUCUAAUUAGCAAAAAAGCAACUUUGCACGUGCAGCACACUUUUUUUUAUACCUGUCUUUGCCGUUGUUUUGCACGACUACAACGUGAAACCUCUAGAAAACUUCUUAGUUACACGUUUUAUGGAGGAGAUCUCCUACGUGUUCUCGUUCACGGGCUGAAAAACCUUUAUCUUCAAAACGUUUUUUUUUUCUUUUUUUUUUUUCACUACCGCCUAUUUUCACCUUGCAUCGGUGGCCGCUAGCAUUUCUCAUUUUGUCACCGCCGCUAGAAAACUUUCAUGUUGUUCUUCCAACAAAAAAUGUCUCCUUUGCUUUCUAUCUUUCGCUCUAUAUCUCCGUCGCCCUUUUUCUCGUUGAGCUUCUCUAGCCUGCCGCCUAAUUUAUCUUUUUCUCUGUCUUUCUCUUGCUCUAUAUUCCAAAUUUGUGGACAUGACAAUUAAUCUAAGCUUAAUACUUUAGAAAACACGGAUAAAAGACAAUUUCCGCUUUCCGUUUUCGUCUUCACUGGCUCUUUAGUUGUCUCUGCUUCACAAGACGCGGAUGGUUCCCGUCAAAAUAACCUCGAGUUGCAUUUGGGUUGCCAUACCUGUUGAUUGAGUUAUUUUACAUUGCUGUGCCUGUGGUGACCUCUACCACGUCUUUUUGGUGAUUUUAAAAAGGCGUUUGACAGAGUAUAGCAUAAAGCCCUUUGGUCUACUAUGAGGCUUUAUCACAUCAACGCCAACCUGAUACAAGUCAUUGAAAACCUCUACAACAAGGCCACUAGUGCAGUCUACCUUAAUGGUGAGAUAGGAGACUGGUUCAGAACCACAGUCGGAGUCAGGCAAGGGUGUCUACUCUCACCAACUCUUUUCAACAUCUUUCUGGAGAGAAUUAUGACUGACGCACUAGAAGAUCACCAAGGAACAGUUAGCAUCGGAGGCAGAACAAUUACCAACUUACUUUUUGCUGACGGCAUUGACGGCCUGGCAGGAAAAAGGAGGAACUAGCCUCUCUUGUGGAUCGCCUAGAUAAGACCUCUGCAGCCUUUGGCCUGGAAAUCAGUGCAGAGAAGACCAAACUGAUGACCAAUAACGCGAAUGGUAUCAGCAUUGACAUUAGAAUCCACGGUGAAAAACUGGACGAGGUUGAUAGCUUCAAGUAUCUGAGCGCAGUCGUCACAGAUCAGGGUUCCAAGCCUAAAGUACUGUCCAGAAUCGCCCAGACAACAGCAGCACUAGCGAGGCUGAAGACCAUCUGGAGUGAUAAACAUAUCUCUCUAAGCUCGAAGAUCAGACUAAUGCGCCCCUAGUUAUCUCUGUACCAUUGUACGCCUGCGAAACUUGGAGAGUGACAGCGGAAAUCCUGAAGAAAUUGCAAGCCACUGAGAUGAGAUGCUUUUCGGAAACUGCAUGGCUUCUCAUACAGAGAUCACAUCACUAACGAUGCAGUCAGAGACAGAAUCAGGCAAGCCAUUGCGCCCUGUGAUGAUAUCUUAACCACGGUAAAGAAACGCAAGUUAAAGUGGUUUGGGCAUGUAUCAAGACGAUUUUACAAGGAACACUGCAAGGAGGGAGAAGAAGGGGCCGACAAAAGAAGCGUUGGGAAAACAACAUCGCUGAAUGGACAGGGCUGAAGUUUUGCCACGCCGUAAGAGAAGCUGAGAACAAAAUAAAAUGGAGGGAGAGGGUUGGAACGUCUUUGGCGUCCCAACGGUUAUUGACUACGGGAUAGGUGCAGGUGCAGGUGCAGGUGCAUACCUGUGGGGCAGACGGACGGUCGGGUGGUCGGUGUACGGUCACGUGUUUACCAAAUUUUCUCCGAUGGGUAGUUUACCACAUUUUCUUACCAAUGAUGCUCCGCCGCGCGCGAGAGAUCCGCUAAAAAACUUUAUCCCUUUAUCGGUCAUCAUCAUCAUCACCAUCUUCGUUUUCAUCAUCAUCAUCGUCGUCGUCAUUAUCAUUAUAAUUAUUUGAGUCAGUUUGUUGAUCUUUACUUUUCCAUGAUCUUACCUUUAUAUUAUUUUGUUUUUAUUUUCUCAUUAUUUGCAUGUUUGUUAUCUAUAUUUUUUUAGACGAAGGCGCUCGUCUGUAAACGUCACAUUUACGGCUGACAUGGUUCACAUUCUUCCUGGUUAUCCCAAACAGUCAGACAAUCCUCCUGAAGUAGUCUUACUGGCAUUUUACUUGAGUCUUCCACAAGGAAUUUCGGAAAGCAGUAUUGUCCCUGAGACGGUAUUACAUAACAUCGUGAUGGGCCAUAAAGAUAGCAUUGGAACAUCCAUUGGAGGUGAAAUCUCAAGUGUCGAUCCUUUCCCAUCC